AUGUCUGUGGGUUGUCCGUGUGUUCCUGACCACUCCAUCUCCGGCGCCGGCUCCGUCUCGGUAUCGCGCCGAGACCUGCACCAAGUCGGCAAAUCAAUUGAUGGGGCCAUUUGUGCGCCGUCAACUAAAUACGACGGUCCAUCCGGAGAACCUGACCAAAGUAGUAUCCCGUCCUUCGUCUCAUCUCAUCCUCAGCCUAAUCAAGAAUCAUCGACAAGCCACCCGCCACCCGCCACCAUUUCCCACUGCUACUGUAGCCUUCGUCACCUCUUUCGUGUCUCUGCGACGCUCGCGGGUGAUUGUGAUUGCAAACAUGGCUUCGAUUUCCCUCAGUCGACGCCUCAAACAACUAGCUGGAAAUUAGCCCCAACCGGCUCGUUGGUUCCCGCUUUCACCACCGUCAUGAUAUCCACACAACCAUUGGCCAGCUCGCAACUAGCAGAGGCGCGGCCCGGGGCCAGAAGAGGAGAAGAGGGGCAGCUUGGAGAAAAGCAAUUCCUGCUCGGUUGA